UCCCACGGUAGAUGCCCGGUUCUUCCAUAUUUAUUGUGCUUGGGAACGUCUGUAACCAACACACGAGUUUCUUCUUUGACAACCAGUACACUAGAGGGCGCAUUACUCCUAACAAACUACCCGUGCUUCCUCUUGCUUCUUGUCACAUUGUCCAACAUGGCCGCGUCCAUGGUGCGGAUCUGCUGUCAUCUAUCGCGGCAUGGAUCCUGUAUUCUACUGCAGCGAACGAGCUUCUGCCUCACAUUUAGGUCCAAAUUUCACUGUUCUUCCACUGCACAUAACGGACUGCUCUUCUCGCUAAAUAAACGCGGUAUUCUGAAGGACUCUUUCCCAGAAAACGCAGCUCAUGACCAGCUACCUCGGUUGCUUCAGUCCGGUUCUCAGACUGUAUACUGUGGGUUUGACCCCACGGCCGACAGCCUCCAUGUGGGCAACUUGCUCGCUAUCAUCGGCCUGUUACACUUCCGAAGCGCAGGGCACCAUGUCCUCGCUGUACUCGGGGGGGCCACAGCACAAAUCGGGGAUCCGAGCGGGAAGACGAGCGAGAGGGAGCGGCUGUCCGCGGACACCGUGGAGGCGAACACCCACAGCAUCCGGGAGAGCGUCCAGAGAAUUUUCUCUAACCACGAACUGCACUUUCACGAUAGUUCCGGGAAGCUGGGGACUGUAACUGUUUUGAACAAUCUGAGCUGGUACAAGGACCGGGGCGUUGUGGACUUUCUAUCGGAGGCCGGGAGGCACUUCAGGAUGGGCACCAUGCUCAGCCGUCACAGCGUACAGUCCAGGCUUAAGAGCGCAGACGGCAUGAGCCUGACAGAGUUCACCUACCAGGUGUUCCAAGCUUAUGACUUCUACCACCUUCACCAAAUAUAUGGCUGCAAGAUUCAGCUCGGAGGCACCGACCAGCUGGGCAAUUUGAUGUCUGGCCAUGAGUACAUUCACAAAAUGAGUGGUGAGGAGGUGUACGGCUUGACUAUCCCCCUGGUGACCAGCUCUGUUGGGGACAAGCUGGGGAAGACAGCAGGCAAUGCAGUGUGGCUCAACAGAGACAAGACAUCACCCUUUGAACUCUACCAGUUCUUUCUCAGACAGCCUGAUGCCAGUGUGGAAGGGUACCUGAAACUGUUCACCUUCCUGCCUCUGGCAGAGAUAGAGAAGCUGAUGGAGCAGCAGAGAGCGGAUCCAGGUAAACGCCUCGCACAUAAACGACUGGCUGCAGAGGUGACGAAACUGGUGCAUGGAAAGGAAGGCCUCGAGAGUGCUAAGAGAUGUACCAAUGCACUGUACCACAGUAGUGUGCAGGCCUUAGAGGAAAUGAGUGAUGAGGAGCUGCAGGAGCUCUUCAGGGAGGCUCCUUUCCAUGAACUGCUGUUGGAGUCGGGAACCACUGUGAUAGAUGCCUGCCGCAGAGUCAACGCAAUCCCAGAGGGACCCAGAGGGUACCAGAUGGUUGUGGACGGAGCAGUGUGGAUCAAUCACAAGCGGACAGACAAACCAGAGCAAGUACUGAUCCCCAAACUCCACAUCCUGUCUAGUGGACUUACUUUGCUCAGAGUGGGCAAGAGGAACUUCUACAUCAUCAAAUGGCUCAGUCUCUGAGGUCGCCUGCUAUCGCAAGGGACCAGUUUACUGUAAUGGACUGAUUGGGAAGGUAGGCGACUGCACCUCAGCAGGGUCAGUAAGGAGAUGUGGAUGGACUGAUGUUUUGGUACAUAGAAGGUUUUGAUGUAGCCUAAACUCUCAGUGAUUGUCUUUGGUUGUCAUAUAAAUAUGUAUAUUUACAGAUGUGACAUUUAUUGAAAGCUAAGCUAUUAAAAAGCAUUUGAUAUAAA